GGAGUCAACCACGAUUGGCGAGGAUGGAUUCACCUGUGUAUCCUUACUCCCAACUUAUCUACUCAUCAUCAUCCGCAUUCAUUGCAGUAUCUGGGCCACACAUACAGAUAAUAGACCCUUCGACGGGUAAAGUUCUAUCUUCAUCAACAAACUUUGCUCCUGACGAGCAGAAGACAUUGUUGAGUUCUGGACCGAUAAGAUGUGCUGCACUGAAUAGCGGAAAAAUUCAUCUUGCGACUGUAGGAGACGACAAAACACUCAGAGUCUGGAACGUAGGAAAUGGAGAUCUUAAGGUCGCCAGUGAAAGAGAAUUGCCUAAAAAACCUACUUGCGUUGCCUUCACGGCCAACGGUCAGACAAUAUUGGUGUCGGAUAAAUUUGGCGACAUUUUCAGCUAUCCGCUCGAUCCUCCCUUUGUCUCAAAAGUUGAAAACCCGAAACGCGAUCGGACUUCCCUCAUCUCCCACCCUUCUGCUUCAAACGGAACCCUGAUCCUUGGCCACACAUCUCUCCUUACUACCUUUUUACUCUCUUCCGAUGAGAAGUACAUCAUCACAGCAGACAGAGACGAGCAUAUCCGCGUCAGUUGGCACCCACAAGGAUACUGUAUUGAAACCUUUUGUCUAGGAUCUACUAAAUUCGUUUCCGCGCUUCACGUACCAAAGUAUGAUCCUUCCGUUCUGAUAUCAGGCGGUGGGGACGCCGAGCUCAAAGUGUGGGAUUGGUUGUCCGGCCAAUGGAAGUGUGACAUCCCGAUCUGGAACUCUGUCAAGGAUUAUAUCAUGGUAAAAACCAAGCCUUAUCAGAAGGGCAGAAAACCAGAUGACGACGAUGACAAGCGACAGUCUCCAGAAUUAAACAAGCGCAGGAAAAAAAGCGGCAGAAGCAGGGCAGGAGACAAGGAGGCAGAAGUCGUAGAUAUGGAUGUAGAUGCCUCGCAAGUCAACGGCGAGGCUCAGAUUCUGGAGGAAGAGGCUCCAACCGUCGCUGAAGAAGCCACCGUGUUAGUUGUGCAGAAGAUCGAUUCAAUAGCGUGGGGGGACAAGACAUACGUUUUGUUCGGCAUUGUUGGCGGCACAGCCGUUUUCGUCACGCAGUUCCCAACAGAUGGAUUGGCACAUGAAAUUCAUGCGUAUAAUGUUGAUAAACCGGUUUUGGACUUUAUUCUAGCCUCUGAAGAAGGAACAGCCGCGCCUAUCGUAUGGAUUUCUGUUGAUAGUGCAUGUUCUGGCUCGGAUACGCCCAUAACUUUCGUUUCACUGGCUCAAAUUACAAUGGGAGGAGGGCUAUCCGCGGUUCCAGAAGAUGCCUUACCUGUCCCUCAGAAGCAGAUUCUGUCAACACUAAAUUCCUCUCUGAUAUCAGCCUCGAUGAAGGAGUUCGACAGGUUAGAUCUCUAUGGUGCCCUGAAAUCCAUGCCCAAAAACACUGGUGUUGAGUAUAAUCCCAUGCAUCGCCCAGAUCUCGACGAAGCAAGUGCCAGUGGUAACCAAGCUAGAGGGAAGAAGGAACUAGGUAAAUUGAAGAGCAAACGGGCAGUGAUGGAGAAGCAAAGACAAGGGGAGGGUGAAGAUUUGAAAACACCUGAAAACUUGUGAAAACUGGUACUGAAUAAAAUUUGAAGAACCAAAAUGUAGGAAGUCAUUUGGCCAGUUAAUUGGGCAAGAUUGUGGCGUUUGAAUACACACUUCAGAGAAAAUUUGGAGAGCUACAGAUUG